AUGAUUUCAACAUUCGAUGUGGAAAAGGAGCGGCAGAACGCAGAAUCGAGAAUGCAGUCAUCAAUAACCAAUGCUCCUUCUGCGGCCGAUUUAGAGAACGAGAAUCACAAUGCUCCAAAUGACCAAGAGACUUCUUACCUACCGGGAAGGGUAGAUGCUGAAGAACCGGACCUGGACGACGAAGCACUGUAUCCUCAUGGCCUCAAGCUACUCGUCAUUGUCGCGGCUCUUGGCAUGAGCAUCUUUUUGGUUGCCCUCGACAUGACGAUUGUAGCGACGGCUAUUCCAAAAAUUACCGAUCAGUUCCACAGCCUCGAUGAUGCCAGUUGGUAUGGGUCGGCUUUUUUGAUGACUACUGGAGGCUUCCAGUCAACCUGGGGAAAGGUAUACAAAUUUUUCCCGCUUAAAAUCUCGUUCCUGGUUGCGGUUUUCAUUUUCGAGAUUGGAAGCUUGAUUUGUGGUGUGGCUCCAAAUUCCGUGGCACUGAUUGUCGGUCGUGCAAUUGCUGGAAUCGGUGCGGCUGGUAUUGGGAGUGGAGUCUUCAUUAUCAUCGCUUUCAUUGCCAGUCCAAAAAGGCGGCCACUCUUCACCGGUAUCAUUGGCAUGUCUUACGGUAUAGCGUCGGUCGUUGGCCCCCUUGUUGGUGGUGCAUUCGCUGAUAAAGUAACUUGGAGGUGGUGCUUUUACAUCAAUUUGCCCGUUGGAGGCCUCGCAGCCGCUUCCAUUUUUUUCUUCUUCCAUACACCUGACAGCGCUUCGACAACCAAGGCUACAUUCAAGGAGAAGCUCCUACAGAUAGAUCCUAUCGGGACGAUCCUUCUAAUCUGUACCAUCAUUUCAUAUAUCUUGCCACUGCAGUUUGGUGGACAGACGAAGGCAUGGAACUCCAGUACUGUGAUCGGUCUUCUUGUCGGCUUCCCUCUCAUGAUUAUAGCCUUUGUGGCGUGGGAAUGGUUCCAAGGAGAACGGGCUGCCUUUCCGCCGCGCUUGAUGUCGAACCGCCUCAUCCUUGUGAAUUCAUUCUACGCGUUUUUUUUCGCAGGUUCGUACUUUAUCAUAGUCUAUUACCUUCCUUACUACUUCCAGAGCGUUCAAAACGUCAGUCCUACUAUGUCUGGUGUACGAAACCUUCCUUUGAUUGUCUCGAUGUCGUUAGCUAUCAUUGUCUCUGGUGGCAGCAUCACCAAAACUGGUCAUACUGCUCCUCUUAUGGUUGUCGGUGGGGUCCUUGCAAUCAUCGGUUCGGGGCUGUUGUAUUCGCUGGACGUCGGUGCAAGCACAGGCAAGUGGAUUGGAUACCAAAUUGUCGGCGGAGUUGGAUGGGGAUUGGCCUACCAGGUUCCCAUCAAUGCGGUGCAUGGUGCAGUGGUUCCCAGUGAUAUUGCAUCCGUGACGGGUAUUAUCAUCUUCUUCCAAACUGUCGGGGGUGCGGUUUUCGUGGCUGCAGCACAAGCUGCCUUCGUCAACCAGAUUAUCAUCAAACUUGCCGCAACCGCACCGAGCAUCAACUCAGCCUUAGUGGUCUCGACUGGUGCGAGCGAGCUGCGGGACGUCUUUACAUCUGAGCAGAUGACUGCUAUUUUGCCUGCUUACAUGACCGGUCUCAAGGUCGCUUACGCUAUUUCGAUCGCUGCGGCGGGAAUCGCUUUCUGUUUCAGCCCCUUCAACAACUUUAAGAAAAUUGACGCCCAUGUAGCAGCAGAAGGCUCUGAGAAUGUCCUCAUCAGUGCGGCUGUGUAA